CUAUGGGCCAGCGACACGUUCGGCGCCUCGUGGCACGUGGUGGAGCAGUACGUGGCGUCGUACACGUGGGACGCGGCCGCCGACCCGGCCGUGCUGUACGUGCACCGGAGGCAGCCGGAACGGCCGGGCGUGGUCCGCUCGUCCACCGGUCUCUUCCUCAACUACACCACAGUGGCAGAGGAUGUGGAAAAGUUCACCAUCAAAGAGGACUUCCGGUUCGCCGUCCGCCGGGUGAGACUGCUGGGCUCGCACCAGUCGGACGGCACGCUACAGCUAUGGGUUAGCCACCGCGGGGAUCCGUUCACAAACGCCCAGUUCCCGGCCGGUCUGCGCGCUAUCGACUACGAAGUGGUGGACGUUAGUGAUGAUCAGGUAAUGGUGGCCGUCAUCCACAACGCCACCUCGUCCAGCUUGUACGUGUCGGCCGUGCCGGACAAGCGCGGCGUGCGCUUCUCACUCUCACUGGAGAACGUUCUCACGCACAGCACCGGAAAGACGUUCGCCGGAUCGUGGCUCAGUGUGGUGGGCGGCGACUUUGUGGACGUCCACCGUGUGAGCGGCCUGCGUGGCAUCUACCUGGCGUCGCGGCUGCCUCCCGACUAUGACGGCCAGCAGGCCAGCCGGCUGGGUCCCGAGCACGUACUGACGCUCAUCACGUUCGAUAAGGGCGGCCGCUGGCAGCCGGUGUCCCCGCCGACAGUUGAUGCCACUGGUGUGCCGAUACACUGCGAGAAGGCGGAGAACUGUUCGCUGCACAUCUCCCAGGAGAUGACCAACCUGUACCCGGGCACCAAGUACAUUCCGGUGCUGUCGUCUUCGUCGGCCGUCGGGCUGGUGAUGGCCACCGGCGUCAUCGGCGACUCGCUCAAAGGCCACCCGUCGAUCGUGCUCAGCCGCGACGCCGGCGCUACGUGGCGGCAGGUGCUACGCGGCCAGUUUCUGUACGCGUUCGGUGACCACGGCGGCCUGAUCGUGGCCGUGCGGCGCUACAGCGAAGGAGGCACACGCGAACUGCUCUACUCGCUCGACGAAGGCAUGACGUGGGGCCGCCACCUGUUCUUCACGGACGAGGUGAAGGUGUACAGUCUGCUGACGGAGUCGGGUGGCUCCGGCACCGUGUUCCUCAUCUUCUGCGCGCGCAUGGACCGCAGCGGCUGGAUCUCGGUCCGCGUCGACCUGAGGUCCCAGUUCAGACACAACUGCACGCAGGACGACUACAAGCUGUGGACACCGCGCGGCCGCUCGUCGGGCCGCGGCUGUCUGCUGGGUCGAAAGGAGACGUACCGACGCCGACUGCCGCACCAGCGCUGUUACAUCGGGGAGGGCGGCCGCGAGCCACUGGUCUCUGUGGAAAACUGCGCCUGCCUGAGAGACGACUACGAGUGCGACUUUGGAUACAAGGAGUCAGCCGUGGGCGCUACAGGUCGGACGGCCACCUGCGUCCGAGACCCAGAGGUGGCCCGACUUCCGCCCGCCUUCGACCCCACCCAGUGUCCCGAGGGCUCCUACUACAACGUGUCGCGGGGCUUCGUGCGCGUGCCUGGCGACACGUGCCAGCCGGGACCCGUGGCGGCUGUGCUGUUUGAGCCCGACCCGCGGCCCUGCCCGGUCAGUGAGAUCUCCGACUUUCUGCUGCUGGCUCGCCGAGAUGCCAUCCUCCGACUGCCCCUGAAGGAUGUCGAGAGUGGCGUAGCGCCGACGCCCGCUCCCCUCACUGGUAUCGCUAACGUGGUGGCUGUCGAGUACGACAAGCGGACGGGCUGCCUGUACUGGUCCGACACCGCCUUCAAACACGUCAUGCGUCAGUGUAUGGACGGCUCCGGUCAGGAAGUUGUCCUCAACCACAACGCGUCUACAGUGGAGUCCCUGGCGCUCGACUGGACCACGGGUAACCUGUAUCUCACUGAGUCGGACACGGCGACCAUUCAGCUGCUGCGUCCGGCCGUGCGGCACGCCGGUCACCUGCGCACCACACUGCUCGACAGGAGCGUGCUGGAGAACCCGCGCGGCCUGGCGCUCCAUCCCACCAAGGGGUACAUGUUCUGGACGGACUGGUCACAGACGUCUCCGGGCAUUUACCGCGCCUUCAUGGACGGCACGGAGCCGAAACAGAUCACGGGCCGCGGCCAGGUGGUGUGGCCGAACGGUGUGUGUAUAGACUACUCCACCGACCGGCUCUACUGGGUGGAUGCUAAUCUAGACUACAUCGCCUCGGCAGACCUGGACGGCUCCAACCGCAAAAUACUGCAGGACAAGACGGAGUACAGCGGCCACCCGUUCUCGAUCGCCGUUUACAAGGAUAUGAUGUUCUGGAACGACUGGCGCAUCGAGAGUGUACUCAUGUCGGACAAACUGGAGCCAAAGCGGAUCGUCAAGGUGCUGGAGGGCAUGCCGAACGUGGUCAGCGUCCAGGUGUACGGCCAGCAGUCCCAGGAGGGUGUCAGCGGCUGUACCAACACCAGCUGCCCCUGGAUCUGUACGCCGCGGCCGGCCGGCCGGCACCGCUGUCUCUGCCCGGACGGACUGAGCGGGCAGGGCGACAAGUGCCUCUGUCCCGGUGGUGGCACGCCCUUCGCCAACGGAACCUGUCCGUCAGUGAACCUCGUGUGUCCGGAGGGCUUCUUCACGUGCGCCACCAGCAAGUUAUGUAUCAACCGCGACUGGAUCUGCGACGGCGAUGACGAUUGUGGCGACGGCUCGGACGAGGCCGGCUGCGGCACUUCCACGUGCGCGCCGCUCCAGUUCCGCUGCGACAACGGCCGGUGCAUCACCGGCUCGUGGCGGUGCGACUUUGAGGACGACUGCCAGGACGGCUCGGACGAGCGCGACUGCCAGUACCCCAACUGCACGAAGGCAGAGUUCCGCUGUGACAGCGGCCGCUGCGUGCGGGCCCAGUAUCGGUGUGACGGGGAGGACGACUGCCGCGACAACUCUGACGAGCAGGGCUGCGCCACGCCGGCGCCGCCGCCCUGCGAGCCGCCAAGCUUCGCCUGCCGGUCGUCCAGCCAGUGCCUGCCGCCGGCCUGGGUGUGUGACGGCACGGCAGAGUGUCCUGAUGGGGAGGACGAGGACCCGACGCGCUGCGCCAACCACACCUGCCCCAGCUGGCAGUGGCAGUGCGCCAACAAGCGCUGCAUUCAGAGCAAAUGGCGCUGUGACAACCAGAACGACUGCGGCGACAACUCGGAUGAGGAGGGCUGCGGAGACGCCACCACCACGGCGGCGCCGACCACCGAGCCGGCCGUGCCCACAUUCCCCACGGCCCCGCCGACCGGCCAGUGCGGCAGCUCCAGCGGCCACCUGCUGCGCUGCGACAACGGACGCUGCAUCCCCGUCUGGUGGAAGUGCGACGGCGCCGACGAUUGUGGCGACAACAGCGACGAGCGCGGCUGUGACAGCGGCACCGAGCGGCCGGCCACGGGCUCGCCGCCGCCGCCGGUCGCUCCGACCACCUGCUCGGCCAGCCACUUCCGCUGCGACUCCGGCAAAUGUAUCUGGUCGGCCUGGCUCUGUGAUGGCGACCGCGACUGCCCGGGCGGGGAGGACGAGGCCGACUGUGCGCACGCCGGCUGCGGCCACGACCACUACCGCUGUCUGCUCUCCGGAGAGUGUAUCGGCCGAGAGAGGGUCUGCGACGGACGGCAGGACUGCGCCGACAACUCGGACGAGGAGGCCUGCCACUCGGAGGGCGGCACCACGGUGCAGCCCUUCACCUGUCCCUCUGGGGACUUCCGCUGCGACUUCCACACCUGCCUGCCCUACUACAAGUACUGCGACGGACACCGAGACUGUGUCGAUGGCUAUGACGAGGUCAAUUGCCGAGACGACAGCACCGUCUUCCAGGUGGUCAGCUACACACUGGACGAGGUGUCCAACAGCUCUCUGACAGUGCGGUGGCAGACGAACGCUCGUGGCGCCGCCGCCCUCACCAGACUCAGGUUCCUGCCAUCAAUAUGCGCCGUGUACCAGCCCGGUCAGCCAUGCCACUGGCUCAACAUGACCUGGGUGGCAGAGCCCGAGUUUACGUUCGAACAUCUGGAGCCCUACACUUGGUACAACAUCACCGUGUUUGUACGUGCUGAGGGACGGCCGGACGUGUUCCCGGCGAGUCAGUACAUCAGCCAGAGGACUGCCAGUGCCAAGCCGUCACCUCCGUGGCGUGUGAACGCUACUCAGCUGGACCACCACUCGAUCCGCGUCUCGUGGCGGCCGCCCAAACACCUGAACGGCCGUCUGCUCAACUACCGGCUGUCACUGACGCCGCCGCAGCCGCCGCAGAUGUUCAUCACGCGCCACACCAACUUCACCGUGGUGCUCGACUUCCAGCCGGGCGUCGAGUACUCCUUCUUUGUCCAGGCGGAGAACUCUGCCAUGCUGAGCGAGCGCUCCCACUCUGCGUCAGUCGUGUUCGAUGCGGACGCCGUGAUCGCUCCGCUGAGCGAGUUCCGCGCGGUGCCGGCUGCGGACGGACAUGGCCUGACGGUGCGCUGGCAGCCGCUGCCGUCGGCUGCGGGAGUACUGGUGACCUACCGACCGGCAGACAACCGACUGGUGCCCGCAGGAGAGGAGCGAGUCGAGGGGGAUACACAUCAGCUGGAGUUGACGGGCCUGUCGCCGGGCACCCGGUACGAGAUCGUGGCCCGCGGCUACCGCGGCCGCUUCACGGGCCCCGAGUACGUGACAGUGGCGACCACGGGCGGCCGCCAGCUGGCUGCCGUGGCCAAUUUCACCGCCGAGCUGUCGCCUCAUAGCGGCACACUGGUGAAGCUCAGCUGGCAGCCGCCGCCGACAGAGGGCAGUGCCGGCGCCGCCGGCGGCUCGGCCAUGCCGCUUCAGUACGGCGUGUUCUGGGGCACCUCGAUGGAGCAGCUGUAUGAGGGCGGCGUGCGCCAGCGCACUGUGGAGACCUCCACUCAGGCAACGGGUCUGAUGGCCUGCGAGGACUACCUGCUACUGGUAGCUGUGGUCGGACCGGACGGUACCGGGCUGCCCUCAGAGAUCGGUCGCGUCCGUACCAAGUUUGACGCGCACGCGCCGCCCAAAAACGUCACCGUACAGACGCAGCGCGGUCUGACGCUCAUGAUGCGUGUCAGGUGGGAGGCCAGCUGUUCAGUGGUGGAGCGGCCCGUCGGAUACAACAUCACCGCCACGGAGCUGGGCGGCCCGGGCAAGGUGGAGCGCUCUGUGCGUCCCACCACGUCUGAGCACCUGCUGUGGCACGACCUGCCGGCCUCGUAUGGCGCUCGCUACUCGGUGUCGGUACGGACGACGGCGACAGACGCUGUGCCGGCGCCACCCGUGAUAUACGCGGCACCGCCCAUUCCCGGGCCCCACCAGCUCAGGCCGAUCAUUGAGCGAAACGGCACCGUCACACUCUACUGGAAGGAGCGCCGGCUGCCGGCGGAUAUGGAUUAUGUCAAGUACUCUUACGAGGUGUUCGUGGCGCCUUCUGUGGCCGCCGUGUGGAACAGCACUGGUAAGACGGUGCGCGAGAGCCGCUUCGUGACACACACGCUGCAGCCGGACACCACGUAUUACGCGGCCGUGCAGCUGGUGACCAGUGACGGCCACCGCUCGCUGCCAUCAGAGGUGGAGAGCUUCCACACGCCGCCAGGCGAGGACUCUGUGGUGAUCAAGAAGCACCACCUGGUGUCCGUCCUGGUGCCGGUGCUGCUGCUGCUGGUGCUGCUCACGACCGCUGUGGUCGUGUUCGUGUACCGCCACCGCCGGCUGCGGCAUCGGUUCCUGGCGUUUGUGUCGACCCACUAUAGUGCUCGGCCGACGGCGGCGCGAUUCACCAACGGCGACGGACUAGAGGAUGACGAGGCACCGGUGAUCCGCGGCUUCUCCGACGACGAGCCACUGGUGGUGGCAUAACGGCGCCCAAACUGCGCCCCGGCGCCCCGGCGCCCAAACGGCGCCCCGGCGCCCCGGCGCCCAAACGGCGCCCCGGCGCCCUGGCGCCCUGUGAUCAGUAACAGAGCCGGCCGGUGCCGGUCGCGCAGUGAGCGAGUGGGUCGGACCGUAGUAUUAGAGACGGGUGCGGCCCGGUGACGGGUCGGCCAGGCAUUACCCUCGCCAAAGACGACGCUCCGAGGGAUACGUGAGGGACGUGAAGUCGUCUGAAAGCCUGGCGGUGGCCAGAGUGAUAGAAACUAGAACUCCUUGGCGAUACGGCGGAGUGAAUGGAUCCUACAAGCCUGCACCGGGGCGCACGGAUCUCCGAGAAACCGACCGAUGCAACUGGGCUGUCGUGGUUCACGCUGAGUGUUCACUUUUCGGUACCUGUAGCGGCUCAGUCCGCCAGCGCCGGUGUCACUGUGUGUUCAGUGUCUUCAGAGUGUUGGAGGGAACACGGCGUCCACUGGCCACCCUGCUGUCUCCGUUCCUAUCGCCGUUCUGGUCCUCGGGAGCGGCGCGUCCCGCCCUGACUAGCGGUGCGGUCACCGGUGAUGGUCCGGUGCCGAGUUAUUUGUGAACAGGCGGGUGGGUGUCUUAGCGAGCCCUAUACUGUGUGAUAUCUUGGUGUAUUGCGUUGUGUGUAUUUAUUGGCCGCCCUGUGUAUCGGCGGUCUCUUGGCGGUAGCAUGUAGCCCAGUUUUGCCGCUCCCGUGUAUUAGCGCAUGUUAGAAUUUCGCUGGAAAAUUUUACCAAACCCAAUGGGUCCACACUGCACUGGCGAGAGGCGCGAGUGAUAUCAACUUCACAUGUACUCAUUGCUCACGUGUGUUAAUCAAGUUGGUUAAUAAAUACACUUACCGGU